AUGGCCGCUGUUCCCACCUCCUUCGUUUUAACCAAAUCUGCAUCGUCCAUAAACAAGGUGGACCACUCUCUGGUCAAGAUUAAACCAUACAACUUGUCUCUGAAUCUAAAUCGUCAAGGGAGAAUGCAAACAUCUUUAGCAAGAAGGCCUCUGACAAUUCAAGCUACAUAUAGUGAUGGUGGAAGGCCCAGUAGUGCUGGUGUAUUUGUUGGUGGGUUUCUCUUGGGUGGAUUAAUAGUUGGCACUCUUGGUUGUGUGUACGCACCUCAGAUCAGCAAGGCCCUAGCUGGCGCUGACAGGAAAGAGUUAAUGAGAAAAUUGCCAAAGUUUAUCUAUGACGAAGAAAAGGCUUUAGAGAAAACCCGGAAAGUGCUGGCCGAGAAGAUUGAACAACUGAAUGCUGCCAUAGAUGAUGUUUCUGCGCAGCUACGUUCAGAGGAGGGCUCGAAUGGAGUAGCUGUUAACUCGGAUGAAAUUGAAGCUGCCACAUGA